CUUCUAGCUCUGACAUUAAAACGCGUUAAGCAAUCCGAUUCAACAACUUAUAAUCCCCUCCAUGAUUACAUUUUGUCUUCCCACCUCAAGAUUCAUUAUCCAAUCUUUCCUAGAAAAUCCCCAUAUCACCUCUCGUAGAUUUUCCUUCUCACCAAACAGUAACCAAUGGCACUGGAAUGGGUAGCGGUUGCCUAUGCUGCUGGAGCAGAAGCCAUGAUGCUCCUUCUCUUAACCCUCCCAGGCUUAAACCCCUUACGCAAUGGCCUUUUGUCUGUAACAAAAACCCUCCUGAAACCCUUCUUCUCAAUAUUGCCAAUUUGCCUCUUCUUGGUCAUGGACAUCUACUGGAAAUAUGAAACGAUGCCCUCUUGUAAGACCCUCAAUUCCUGCUCUCCAUCGGAGAAUAUGCGCCACCAAAAGUCCACUAUUAAGAGCCAACGCAACGCACUUUUGAUUGCUGCAGCGUUGGUUUUUUACUGGCUCUUGUAUUCUGUAACGAAGCUUAUUGAUCGAGUUGAGCAGUUGCAGUUUCAGAUCAAAAGGUCUACCAAAAAUGAUUGACACUUUGCCCGAGCACUAUCCUUGGCCUUUGUCUUGGCAAAUCACGUCACAUCGAAAGAGUCUUUUUUUCAAAUGUAUUGAGGCUAGAUUUUGCAAUUAUAUCGCCUUGUUUACUUGAAUGGAGACAGGAAAAGAAGGGUUUUUAUAUCUA